AGAAGUAGAGGAAGAAGAAAAUCAGAAAUGAAAAAGAAGAAAAACUGACCGAUAAUUAUGUGAAAUUAUAUUAAUAAAUUCAAAAGACCUGCUGAUUACAGACUUAUAACAGGUCUGCUAAUGUCUUACUGGGUCUGCUGCAACUCCUGCUUUCUCCCUCCAAGUUCUGAGUGUAAGCUAGCAGUGAGCUCCUGUGGCCAUGUCAUCUGUAGUGUCUGCUAUCAGAAAGGAAGCCAUGGUAGGUGUUUGAUAUGCGGCGCCCAGUGCCAGGUAUCCCCCCUCUCAGACAAAAGCAGCUCGGAUGUGAAGGCCUUGUUCUCUGACAUUGGUUCUGUGGCAACCAGACAUCUGACAGAGAUUGGGAAAGUUCUAACAUUUCAAGCACGACACCAGAAGAGGUUACUGAAUUACUACAAACAAAAGAGUCAGAAACUAGAAGAGUCGUUGGUAAAAAUGAAGCAAGAAAUGCAGCAGAUGGCAAAAAUGCUGAAUGAACAGAGAGCAUACAGCGCGAAGCUGGAGAGCGCCCUUCAGCACCGCAGCUUAAAACCAUCGUCUGUGUCUCCAGUUCCCAGCAGUCCUCAGACCUCACAUGGAAAUAAACAAGUCCUUCAGAUUCCAUAUAACUCUGGUGUGUUCCUCCCACGACAUGCUUCGACCACAAACAUCAGUGAAAGCAUGGAGGUGGAUGAAAGGAGUCUGUUCAGGAAACCGAACUCUGCGCCCAGGCUGUCAGUCAUGAAGCCUCCUCAAGACGGAAGAAUGGGUAACACCUCUCACAGAUCCUUCAACCCACUGACCGCCCACUCUACCCACUCAGCCACUGUCAGCCGCCUCCCUGACACACCUUCAACUCCCCAGUCGUACAGUCAGAGUUCAGUGUGGAGUUCCCCCGUCUUCAAACCUCCAGCCUCCUUCAGACGCUCUGUGUCCUCGCUGGGGUUCCCUCCUCCUUAGACAACAACCACUCCCUGUUUUGGUUCUCCUUUUGAUGUAUAAUAUAAUUUUAAUAUUAAUUGGACUUAUAUGUAUAUGUUACAGAUGAAACACUGAUCGCUCUUU